CUCUCUCUCUAUGUAUAUAUGUCAUAUGUGUGUGUGUUUCCUCUCUCUAAGUAGCCUAUUUAUCCAUCUAUCUGCCUCGAGAUGUAGCCUAGUCGAUCUUAUUGUCUUCCUCACUUUGUUUCAAUUUAAACAAACACCAUUCCUUCCCUGUCCCCUUUUUCUUUCUGUCUCCACCGUUCAAUCUCUAUCUCUCUCUCUCUAACUCAAAAUAACCUACCUACCUAAUGUUUGUUUUCAUCUCAGACUAAAACAGCCCAUUUUGAUUUUUCAUCAAGAAACUAUCUCCAUUUCACCAUAUUUUGGCUUCUUGAAUCUCUUCUUUCUUUGUAUUUUCAAACCCAAAAUCUUUCUGGUUGAAGAUGUGGAUGAGGGAAUACAACGAUGGAGGAGAUUUUGAUAGCACUCCAGAUUCAUUUAACGGCUGGAAAUUUCGGCCCCUUGCGCCUAGACAUGCUGCAAAUUCCUCCACCAGCACUAUCACAAACCCUCAUUGCUUCAGCCGUAUGGAUGGCACUGAUCUGCUCUCUCUAAAUCACCAUAUUUCAGGCGUGACUGAGAAAAAUAAGAGAGAGUUCAAUACGCAGCAGGUUGUAGCGAGCUCACGCUGGAAUCCUACAUCAGAGCAGCUACAAACCCUCGAAGAACUGUAUCGACGGGGAACUCGAACUCCUACGGCCGAACAAAUUCAGCACAUUACUGCACAACUUCGACGAUAUGGCAAGAUUGAAGGGAAGAAUGUAUUCUACUGGUUUCAAAAUCAUAAAGCUAGAGAGAGGCAGAAACGCCGCCGUCAGCUGGAAUCUGUUUCUGAUAAUGAGCCACCCCGGAAUAACAUGGAGAAUGGUGACAAUAAAGAAUCUACAGAUGCAAACAAAACAGGAUUCGAAGGUGAACAGACCAAAAAUUGGGCAUCUCCUACAAACGGUAGUACAAUUGCAGAGAAAACCCUUUCAACACAAAGGGCAGCAGAAGCAGAAUGUAAGUCAGAUGGAUGGUUACAGUUUGAUGAGGCCGCAGAAUUACAACAAAGGAGGAGUGUGGUAGAAAGGAAUGCCACGUGGCAAAUGAUGCACUUGUAUUGUUCAUCAUCUCCUACCAACCUAAUGAACCCUGCUACUGAUGUUACAUCUACUUCUUGUCCAUUAACAGUAACAGAAAUUGAUCCAAAGUUUAUGAAAUUUCAAGAUUCUGAUCCUUUUAUCGGAACCCGAGGCCAGGAAUUCCAGACACUUCAAUUGUUUCCUCUUCAAAGCGGCCAUGGCAAUUACCAUAACAAUGAAUGUGUAGUGGAGAAUGAGACGGAGAUAUCGGCUGCAGCCACGAAUUCUGAUUUCAAUUCUUCCCAGUUUUUUGAGUUCCUUCCGUUGAAGAAUUAAUAUUCAUGAAGCUGAAUAGGUAGUGUACCACUUUCAGUUGACUAUAAUCAAUGCAUUAAAACGAUGGGUUUGUAUUUGCUUGAAACUGGAAAUUUUUUUGCUGAUCUUGACGUAACAUUUCAUGGAUGAUGGAUUUAAUUGUAGAAUGUGGAUAUGAAAAAAGAUCGCCUUAAAAUGCUUUCAGACCAUGUUGGAUGAA